AUGUAUUCGACACUAUUGUUGUUCGCAGGCUUCCCUCUGACUGGCAGCACUGAGUGGAGUAGCUCAGAACGCGCCCCUGCCCCUGUACCUGCCUCUGUUCCUGAACCUCUCGUGGACGCAGCUGAGCUUGUCCGCGAUGGACCCCUUUACCCACCUCUACAAGUAAGAGAUCCAUCGCCUUUUAAGAUAUUACAUAUAUUCAAUAAACUGACAACAUGUUCAAGACGCAAGCGAGUCAUGUGGCCGCUACCGGACACCGAAGAAUCCGACCAUCUUGACACAACUGAUGAAGAACAAUCCUACAAUGACUUAGAGACUAGUAUUGAAGAGAAUCACAUUUUGGUGACACCACAAGACCUCAGUAGUGCUAAAUCAUUAGAGACUGACGAUGAAACGAAGGUACAAAGCAAAGUAGAAGCUCAUAGUAGUGAUAGUGAGGAACGAUCGAAGAGAAGCAGCGGACAGAAAUGGGAUAAAACGGCUAAGCCAGCAGACAGACGAGUGAAGACCGGUGAUACGAUCCUGAACAUUCGCGGGGCAGUACGAGAUGCUAUAGGUGAUGCGGGUGCAGCCCCUGGACCCCGCGCCUCCUCCCGUCUCGACACCUUCGUGAUACGACCAGCGCAUGCCAAGAGACCACAUCUACAAGAUCAGCCGGCACCAGUUAAUAAUGCACAGGCGCCUCGGAGUGAACGCGAGCUGUUAGUGGAGGCUCAUUCAAAGGCACGUAUCCCUUGCGACCUGGUCAAUAUCACAAACCUGCGCUGGUACAAGGACAAUGAGCUUAUGUCUCUAUCUUCAUCCCCUUCUUCGGCGGAAGGGGUGUGGCGGGAAGGAUCAGAUGCUGUGAUGGGAAGAGCAACUAGAGCGGACGCUGGCGCGUGGAGAUGCGCCGGAGUUGAUAAAGCCGGGAAGACUGUUUCAGGGAAGCCCACGCAGUUGCUAAUAUAUGAACCAGUUCGUUCUGUAUACCUGGCGGUGGACGGACGACGUUUAGACGCAGGAAAUACAUGGGUGCCAGUCCGGGACAAGACAGUACUAGAGGUCAGGUGUGUUGCUGAAGGUGGUGUACCUCCUCCGGAAUUAUCUUGGCGAUUGCUGGCCUUGGAACCAUCGCUGGACCACCGGCCUUAUCUAAGGAUACAUAAUACUAACUAUUCUAUAGAGGGUGUGUCCCUUUCGCACGCGGUGGUGACGGCAGCUCGCGAGCUCCAUAAUGCCACGUUGCAGUGCCAGGCGCGACAGAGGACACCCGCUACAGUGCCUGCUCCUGCCGCGGCUGACACGUAUACAGCUAAAUUAGAAAUACACGUCACUUAUCCUCCUUCCUUUGUGAUCUCCCGUUGGCCCGGAUUCGGAGUAUCAUUAUCAGCCGGCAGCGCGGCGGCGCUCAGGUGUGACGUGGAUGCAAAUCCACCAGCGCGUGCUUGGUGGCUUAGAGACGAUGCCGAUCCUACCAGCUCGCCUCCUCCAGUGGAUGCUGGAGAUGAAUCAGCGAGAGGGUCGGCGACACUUCGAUGGCCAACUUUGCGCGCUUCGCAUGCAGGCUGGUACCGAUGCCGGGCUACGUGGCUUGAUGCCGAGUACUCCUCUAUAGGAUAUUAUCUUAAUGUUAUAGCCCCCGAAGAUAAUGCAGAACCAGUGACAGAGCCCCAAGAUGAGGACGAAGAAGCUGACCAUCAGAAGGUGGAGGUUCCAGUAGGGGGAAAUGUGCAGCUACAUUGUCCUAAGGGUAGCGUUGGCUGUUGGUGGCGUCGAGUAGUUGGCAACUCCAGUGAGUCAUGGGCACCGGCAGGUUCACAUCAUGCACACGGCGUGUUGGGUAUAAAGGAUGCCUUAUACCAAGAAGGAGGAGAAUACCGAUGCGUCGGUGCGAGGGCACCCGAUUUGAAGCGGCUUCGGGAGCUCAAGAGAGUCACUUUGAAAGUUACUGGAGGAGCAACUGCGACAGCCUUGAGUGCUGUUCCAGCAUCAAGUGGCUGGCGUUUAGAAUGCGGUGCUUGCGGUAGAAAUGUUAGAGUACUUUGGAUCCGUUCAGGAGUCACAACCCGAGCUACGCGGGCUACUCUGAGCCCAGACUUAGCACAACAUUGCUGGAGGGCUGUACUACACGUUGUAGAACCUGAUGAAGUAUGGUGUGUUGCUGCCACUCCAGGCGGGGGUGCUGUGGCAGUGUUUCCUAGACGUGCUCCCUUAGCUAACCCUAAUGAUCCUUCUCCAGAACCAGCCAGAAGAGCCUUACAAGCUGGAUCUUCUUGCCUGUCAUCUGCUUUUCUUUCAACUGCGUUACCUUUGUUCGGUUUAUUCUUAUGCCGAUGA